AUGGCUCGCAUAAAGAAGCAUCGGAACGCGCAAAAUCACCAAGAAAUAAAGCGUCGUCGCAAGCCAAACAUUCCCGAGUUGGUCUACAAAUAUCUUGUUGCGAAUGAAGCUUUACCCGAUACGGAAUGUCGUGUCGUGAACAAAUGCUGCUGUGGUCAAGAGAAUCAUGACGAAGUCAUGGAUUCUUCGCGAACCAACGACAAGGGCAUGGGAUACAGAGUAAGGCAAGGACAGCGCAAAAAUAGUGGCAGGGUUUCGAAAUUGCACAACGUCAAGCGACGUCCUAUCUCUAAGGAUCUGCCGAUCUCACAUUUGCAAAAAUGCGUGGAUGGCGAAGAUACAAGAAAGGCAAGAAAGUAUAUGAAAAAGGCAUUGGACUUUGGUGUCGAAUCCGGCUACCUUAUCCCUUCUGAUCCUACGCACAAAAUUCUACGCGUAUCCUCGGACUUAAUGAAAAGCAAUUCGCGAAGAAGCAAGAGCAUUUGUGAUACAGCUCUCUCGAAGAAUCGUAAUAUUCCGACCAGACUCGAGGAUCUUCAAGUGCAGGAGCAAAAAAGAAGGCGAAGAAGGAGAGGAAGGCUAGGUCGAAGAUCGAGAAGCGGUUCGAGGACGCGCCGUAGAAGCAGAAGGAGGAGGAGCAGAAGGAGCCGAUCUCGUAGUAAAGGACGUAGAAGGAAGAGCAGCCCGCAGAAUCCCGAAGAGGUUGCCGAGGAUAAGGCGGACGAUUACGAGAUGGAUGAGAACGAUCCAAAGAGGGAUAUUCAUACGGACGACGUAGAAAGGGAACCAAAGACCGUUCGAUCGAGCCGACCUGACGAGGAACAAUCCACGAAGAAAGCUGAAGAGAAUGGCUCGGAUUUAUCCGGCGACGAGGAUGAAACCGACGAUGAGAAUGAGGGGAAAAGAACAAACAUUACCAAAUCGUAG